UGGCCCAACCAGUAUUCGGUAGUAUAGCGAAUUCUCGAUGCCAAAGUGACCUGAUAACUAACCAAGUUCAACAAUUUCCUUAAGUUGUUCAACUAUAAAGCCCUCGCUCGGGUUUCCAUCAUCCAAUACCGCUUCACGGUCACUAAACAGGUUCCCAUAUAUAACGAGAACUGCGUAUUAGGGUCAGCUCGAAGAGGGUUAUCAGGAUGCCGAGGAGAGUUAACGGAUGUCUGCUGCCCUUGAUGACAGCACGAAGGGCGACGCAUACCGCAGCUGGCAGCCAAUGUCUCCGAAGAACCCAAUCCUCUCAGAGGAUAGCUAAAUGCAAAGAAAUCGGAAAGGGGCCAGCCGCAGUGCUUUGGAUGACCCGGACGUACGCGAGGGUGCGUAGUAACGAUGAUGAUGGUGUUUUCAUGUCACGUAUGACCGGAACAGUGGUGGAACGGAUAGUGAGAAGCCGGGUAUCGUCGAUACCGAAGCGAGUCUGGUUGAAGGUGGCGCCUGUAGCCAGAGUUCCAGACAUUCUGAUGCGGUUGUCGUGUUGGUACGAUGGAUGGUGUUGUAUCGGCAAGAUCCCAGGACCGGUGGUCGGAUUUACCAGUAAGCUGCAGGGGUGCCGAGGGAUCAAACCAGUCGUGGGUGCCGAUGCCGUAGAUAAUACUUCACACGAUAAUAUAAUGUACCGAGAAGGAGGCUUUCGCUAUUCAUAACAAAAGACAGUUGCAAAACCCCGAGGCGAGAACAAACCCAACCCCAAGUUGGAGUUGGACUUGAUCUUCGAUGUCGUUGCUCCCACCGAAGUGUUUACAGGUAGUUACAGGUAUAAGCAAGCAAGUAUUGCCUAGGACGGGGUAUUGAAGCGAAUAAAAA